AUAGAUAUUGUAUGCUGAAGCGAAUGAAUUCAAAAAUCAGCAAUGACCUUGAUGGAAGCACUAUCCGUCCUGUAUUAGCAGAUAUAUGUAGUAAUUAGUGCCCGAAUAUCAUGAAUAAAACCUUAAUCUUCGAUUUACGACACUAUGUCGCGUCAAAUCAUUCUAUAUUUGCAAAUUUUCGUACCCAUCGAACUGCAUCAACGCUUAUCUGUGGAAAUGAUCCGAAAUUUCCUUCUGUUCGUUGCAACCAGAUACAUUAUUCUCUAUUCUCAAAAGGUUCACGCCCUCUCAACUAUCCUAAAAUUUCUUUCGGCUUGAAAAAUUUUGCACAGUUUUCUACUGAAUCAAAGAACAAUGUCCCAUCAAAUGUGAACGAAAAAAAUGGAAAUGACUUGGACGAAAGGAAAUCUAGUCUGAUCAAAAGAUUCAAGGAUGCCUAUGCAAUUUACGGGAAAGUUGUCUUGGUAACUCAUGGUGUGACGUCAUGUUUGUGGUUUGGAAUGUUUUACUCACUGGCUUGCACUGGGAUCAAUUUGCUGGAUAUUCUUCACAGUCUCAACGCACCUGGAUGGCUAAGUAAACCCCUCCAUUUAGGUGGGGGUACUGUGAAUACACUGGCUACAGCCAUUGUAUUCUACAAACUGGCAGUACCAUUACGCUACGGUUUGACACUCAUAUUAACCAGGUAUCUAGUACGUUACCUUCGAUUGAAAGGAAAAGCACCACAAGUACAAGAAAAUGAUCGUCUACGAAACCUAGCUAAAGAAGGAGCAGAAAUUUCACGUGAACGAAUCAAAGCGCGUAUGGCUAGAAGCAGAAGAAAUGUACUCAUGAGGAGGAGUCAACGAUGAUUUGUACAAAGACCUUGUAAAAAAAAGUACCUUUUGCCAUUGUAUAUUCGCUUCCAUUUUAUACUUAUCAAUAAAAGUAGUAGUUCGGUGAAAAACACUAAGAUAAAGUUUAAAAAAGCUGGGGACAAUGAUUUCCAGUAGCAAUCCAAACGAUAAAUUGUGUGGUUUCAUGAUUGUUUACAAAUUUCUAGCAUUUUCAAACAUAGAUAUAAACUUUUGUAAAUCUAUUAUAAUUUAUGGAAAUCACUUUGUUGUUUAACAAGUACUAAGUGUUUCUUGGUAUAUAGAUUGUUUAUGAUCUUGAUUUGCAUUAGCCAUAUGAAAGCGCCAAGUGAAUCUUCGUUUAUUGAACAACCAUGUUUAGAUUCUUUUAUACUAUUCACAGGGGAAGAUGUGCCUCUGUUGUAAUAAUUUGUUUUAUCAGGAUAUGUCAUAUCUUAAAUCAGUUUUACUUUGAUAGAGAAUGGGGAUUUUGAAAGAUAAAUAGGUUGACACAAUCAGAACUUGGC